GUCAUAGCCGAUUCUUUGAGUUUUGAUGGAGUAUGUGCAUGUAGUUAUGUACACUGUAGACGCUGUAGUGUAGUCUGUAGACAGACUAAACUAGUGUAAACUGGACUAGACUAAAUUGUAUAUAAUUUUUGUAAGUGUAUACCAUUACAAAGAAUUAACCUAUAGGUAAGAGGCGUAACUAAAAGCACAGACGAUGAGCCUGUUUGGGACCCAGAACUCCUCCUUCAGUCUACCGUUUGGAUCAACCGCCGCACACAAUCCCAUGAAAGACUUUGAGGUUCAGUCGCCACCCGAAGACAGCGUCAGCUGCAUGAAAUUCAGUCCCGCAGCAUUGCCUACGAAUUUCCUUGUUGGUGCAAGCUGGGAUAACACUGUACGGUGUUGGGAAAUACAAGCACAGGGCAACCAGGUGCAUACUGUGCUGAGAGCCCAGCAGAGUCAUCAAGGACCUGUGCUCGGUGUUGCUUGGAGUGAGGAUGGUACGAAGAUUUUCUCAGCUUCCUGUGAUAAAACGGCGAAGAUGUGGGAUCUAAACACUAACCAAUUCGUACAGGUUGCGCAGCACGAUGCACCAAUACGGACUAUACACACAAUUAAGGCACCUAACUACACUUGUGUUAUGACUGGAAGUUGGGACAAGACACUCAAGUUCUGGGACCUGCGAUCUGCCAACCCAAUGAUGACCAUCCAACUACCCGAGAGAGUGUACUGUGCAGAUGUGGUGUAUCCAAUGGCAGUAGUCGGACUCGCAGGCCGCGGCAUCAUUAUUUAUCAACUACAGAAUCAACCGCAGGAGUUCAAAAAAAUUGAACCGCCACUCAAAUAUCAGCACCGGUGCAUUUCGAUCUUCAACGACAUGAAGAAGAAUGAACCGACUGGCUUCGCGCUGGGCAGCAUUGAAGGUCGCGUCGCCAUCCAGUACGUGCAGGCGACCAACCCCAAGGACAACUUCACCUUCAAGUGCCACAGGUCGAACGGAACGUCGUCGUCCGUGCAAGACAUUUUCUCGGUGAAUGACAUAGCAUUCCAUCCGGCUCAUGGUACGCUCGCAACUGUUGGAUCAGACGGUCGGUUCUCGUUCUGGAUAAAGAUGCAAGCGGUGUUUCGUCUGUGA